AUGGACCCCAGCACCUUGGAGAGAUUUGAGCGGUCGGCUCUCGACCAAUCCCAGAGCUACAGCAUCCAGGAGCCCCCAGCCACUGGACUGCUGGGACCACGCAGUAUUGCUCUUGGCUUAACACGCGUUUACGCUACGGACUGGACCGUCCCUGACGCUCUGCGGGAGCUGUAUCAGAAUUGGAAGGAUGCGAUUCUCCAGUCCCACCCGAUGAGCUUGCUCGAAUUUGCACCCCAUGUAUCGGCCACAUCGGAAGCUAUCACGAUCAUCGUCGAGGCGCAGGGAGGCCAGGGUCCGGGCGGAGCGGGUCCCCUAGCGCGAAAGAUCCUGGGAUACAUCCGUUUCAACAAGGCCCAGGGCAGUGCCGAGUUCACCAAUUUAGGAUCCUCACUGGACCCGCAACAUCUGGAGAUGGGCCACACCACGAAGAAGAGGGACGACCGUUUAGCCGGAGGCCACGGGGAGGGACUGAAGCUCGCAGCUCUCGUGCUUUCUCGGGCGGAGCAUCACGUCAAGAUCUCCGCAAGCGGCCUGUACUGGAAUUUUGGGUUUAACGGCCAGGCUAAAGCAAACUUCUACUGUCGACUGACGCCGGCCAAGGCGAAGCGAGAGAUCGAGGCCCCGAGCAAUACCGGCCAUCCCUCACGCCUCAGCGCUGAUGUGGGACGGGACGUCUCGGUGCUGGUCGAGAAAGGCCAGAAAGGCCAGCGGCUGUCUUUGAACGAUUUUGGACGCUGGAUGCGUGACACGGUAGACCUGCACGCACCCUCAAGCUCGGUGCGGACGUCUGUCGGAGAUCUGCUGCUGGGGCCGGUACAUCGGGGCCAGCUCUACCUCAAAGGUCUCCGCGUGCCCGAUUCCAGCCACGGCCAGCAGCCAUUCCGCUUCGGCUACAACCUGGUCCGUGGCAGUGUUGACCGGGAUCGGCAGCGACUGGUGAACCCACAGCAAGUGGUAGCGAGCAUCCAUUCGAUUUGGGAGAACGCGAUCACGCAGGAUGAGACCAAGGUGCUGCCACGCUACCUAGAGCUCCUACGCGAUCACCCGUCGUCCGCUGAUGCAAAAGGAGCGGAAGGACUGGUCACCGAGUCAACAGCCAGAAAACUGUGGGUGGCGAUCUGCCGUGAGCCGACGGCGGCGGAGACAUUCUUCUGUGCGGAAUCUAAACAGAAUGAAGACCGCCCCGUGAUCCGGUCGGAGUUGAAGAAGGAAUCUCGGCCGUUGCCCGACUCGCUAUGGUCUAUCUUCCGGACAUACAGGCUCGUGCGGAAACCGUUUGAAGAGCUACAACGCCGGUUGGAAAAUUCUGACGUGGUGGCCGUACCAGUCACCGCGUUCGCCCAUGGCAUGGUUCGUACUCUUCACGCCUUGCUUGCUCUGGAUUCCUUGACCCGGCAGACCAUGGUUGUUUUUGUCCGAUGCACCAAUGACUCAGUGGACAUGGCAUACCAGACCGAGGGUGAGCGUCUGUACGUCCAUGAGAAAUGGCUUCACGCGCAGGACGACUACGGCUCUGGACCAAAGGAUUCCAUUCCGCAUCAGUCCGGGUCCGACGCGGUCACCAGCCACACUGUGGCCAAAGAACUCUUCGAUCGCGCCGUCACGCUCAUCGGCCGUCAGACCCGUGGGCCGCACUCAGACCAGUCACUGCAGCUACUCCGUCGUUUGGCCUACCGGAGGCUCCACGAGAUGCCAUGCAUGAUCCAGAUGCACACUACAGACGAGGCCACGAAGACGGCCCGGGUCUCGUUCUACACCGGUCACAGUCUUGUUUUCACCGAGCUCUAUGGGGCGUUGGUGUCUUAUCUGGUGGUGUUGCAUGGCCCACACUGUGUCCACCAGUCGGUAGAUCUCGUGUACGAUAGCAGCCGUGAUGUAUGCCGCUGUCCCCGACAGGUAGUCCCUCUUGGUACGCGGACUGCCGUGUUCAAGGAUCUAGACCCAGGGCCUUGGACUCCCACGGUUAUUAUAAUGCCGGCCCACAACAGCCCCAUUAUUCCUACCAGGGAACAUGGUUUUGAGCCUGUCCCUAAAGCCGAAGACGGGGCAUUGGUAGGGACUUCAGCCUUACCUGUCUCUCCGCCGACCUGGGGGACUAUCCGUGAGCCUCCAGAAACCGAGCCACGUCCACUCGAAGUGACCGUUUCUCACAUAGCCACUCAGGCUGACGAUCCGCCCCAACUACACACAGAGACCGCUUCCAUGCCAACUAAUUUAAUAUCUCUAAAUCAGGAGGCACAGGCGGUCAACCAGCCUUCGCCGACCCCGGACUCUGAGGCGUUGAGUCGACAUCCGACGCUAGUAGACGGCAACGCGAUAACGGGACCUGGCUGUAUCAGCCCCACCAUAAUGCCAUCAAUAUAUGUGGACAGAACCUCACUCAAGACGCACGACAGUAGGGAGAAAGGGUGGAUUCUCUCCAGUGUAGCCGAAUUACCCGAGCAAACCGUCUCCGAUACCUCUCAGCGACAUUCUAGCCCGCCAGAGUCGACGUCCGCGGUAGGAGCGAUAGUAUCAAAGGCUACUGUUGAUUUUUCGGUAGCCCACCCAAGCGAGGUCCACGAUGCCGACUCAGUUGCCUCAUGUUCGUCUCUACCUGGUAUUUUGCCGGCCAUAGCUGGCGAAAAUAGCGCCUGGUGGCGGACCUGGCCGGGACAGUUCCUGGAUGCUGAUGGGCAACAAGGGGGCUCCAAAAGGAACCUUACAGACGCUGAGGACUCCUGUGGGCCAUAUGAGCAAAUUUCGCCAUUCCGGAAAGGUACUUACGUUCGGGUGCGGCUAGAGGUAGCGGACAGCGAUAGCAGUGCAAGCACCCGCUAUAUAUUUUAUGUCCAUGAUAUUCUUCCGCCGAUCGGAACGAGUGGAGUGGGCGGUCGCCUCCUUGUCACGAAAUUUUCGUUUCUAGUCGACUUACUCCCGUGUGUGGCAGAGUGUCUAGCUGCUGAGGACCAGGAGCUCCUCCUCCACUUCCAUAACCCAGAGCGGAUGGCCCACCAGGACGAUGCGGACGUCGUCAAUGUCAGCGAUGUGGUAGCGGUAGGCCCACAUCCUUUAGCCGUAUCCCUUCUAGCGGACAUGCCUGAACCGGCGGUGGGCUUAUUUGCCCGAUAUGGAAUCCUCGAGGGAUCCGGUCGGGAAUCACUCUUCAUGACCCCAAUCGCACCUUAUCUACCUGGGCCGAAAGACGGUCCGGCGUUUCCGCGAUUUUCCCCCUUGCCUGUAGCGUCAGUGUUCGAUCUCUCUCCUGGUGAUCCUCGCCUUUCCGUUGGAUUCGCGCAGGCCGGGUAUCGCGUCAGUGCCGCAGUUGGCUAUGAUGAGGAUCAUCAUCAGCUUUGGAAGGUACACCAUCCAGAUGCAGCCGUCUUCCCCGGCUGUGUUGCAUCAGCUCUGGCUGAGAUCGACAGCCAGAAGAAACCUCUACCAGAUAUAGGAGGGAGCCAGGUGCCCCGUAUUGUUACUAUCGGUAGCGAGUGCCCAUCCUCCGUAUUUGCACCCGGAGCUCUCGAUUCAGAUCCCAUGGAAGUGGCACAUCCGCCAGAGGGGUCGCUAGGCCCACUUCAACGAUGCGAGCUUGCUGCGCAGUCGCCCGGGCUAAGCCCUGAUUUUAUUGUCCUCACCACAUCCCGUACGGCAUUGCAGGACCAGCUCUGGGGCGCACUCGCCAGCACCAUAAGAUUUCUCCUCACGCACGGUUAUUCGGUUACUCUACGACUGAUUAGAUUAGGUGCGCUAGACGGAGAGUGGUCUGUUCUCUUACUUGCCGCCCCACGCCGUACGCACCCUCAAUGGAUCGAUGAUGCGCUGUCCGACCUUCGGAUGACGCCCACACCAGAAAAGGCCUUGACAGGGCACAUUGGGGCCCUCCAGCCGGGACAAGGCAACUAUUGUCCGGUAACGUCAUCUUCAGUUAAUCCAUCCCCUUACCAGGACGUCCGAGGUGCGGGAGUACUUGGAGCAGUCCAUCCGGACCUGCCGACCGGUUCAGUACGUGCCAAUUCAGUCGGCACCUUAAGCCCAAAUGGCCUACCCGUCGCAGAGCAUUGCCAACCGAACAGCAUCCUCCAAGUUGACGAGGCACGGCAAAUUGCAGCCACUGUUUCCCGGAUAAUCGGGCAGUUUUCGACGUCAGCCCCACAUCCGCCACCCAUUAGGUCACCUGUGUUGAUCAGUUCGAAUCUCGCUGCAGGCUCGGACGAGAGAAAUAAGAGACGGAGAAUUGAAGAAUUGGUCUAG